AUGGCGAACGUCGGUGGAUCCUCGCUUGCCAGCCAAGUCAUGCUUUUGGGCAGGGAGUAUUACCAGACUCCAUUCGGGGAGAAGUACCUGGUCAUACUGCCAUUCUUUGCCCAUAUAACCGCAGUAACUCUCAAGCGCAUUAUCAGUCCGCGCAAACCACGACCCUGGACCCACACAUUGACAGUCACCGGUUUCUUUGCAGCAAACUUCUUGGUGCCAAAGCACUACCUGAUCCACCGUGUCUUUCCUCAGGACCCAACCCCGCCCAUCGAGGCUUUCGGGCCUUCUCAGAUGGACUUCGAGUUCGUGAAGACAGGUCUUGCGCAAUGGCCGAUCCGCAAUUGGAUUGUCUACAGCGCGUUGGCUGCCACGAUAGUCGUGCACAUGACGGAAGGCAUGCCCAUCUUGCUCAGAAGAGCCGUGAAGGGUGCCAAAACGCUCAGCAAACGCGGUCGGCGCCUCAUGGCGGGCGCUAUCGUCCUUCCGGUCCUAUCCGGUCUGCUUGUCAUGGCGCGCGAGCCACUGAUGACAUUCCCGUCUACUGCACUACGCUACCAGGCGACUUUCGCGAAGCACCCCUUAUUCCAAUUCUAG